AUGCAAUCCUCCGCCUCUCAGCCGAUCUCCGCUACGGCGGCAGUCCCUCUCCACGCCGACAUCGACGCGGGGAAAGCUUGCGGGGUGGGCCCCGGCAUGUCGUUCGCGAAUUCCGUGAGGGAUCGGUUGUGCGGCGGCGGUAGCGGUGCCAUUGGGUUGGUUCCGUGCGCCGUGGGAGGGACGACGAUCUGA